GUCCCCAUUUGACCACACUACCACCUCCGCCUCCGCCUCCCAGAAACACCCUACCCAUCAUCGGCGAUUCCAUCAACGCCGGCCACCACAGUUCAUCCAGAAAAAAAAAACCAUAGAAACCAGAUUUGAUGGAGAAAUCAAUCGCAACGUUAGAUAAAGGUACGAUUUGUUCUUCAUGGAACUACUGUGGUCAAAGAUUAGCCACCGGUUUAAUCGAUGGAAUUAUAGCAAUCUUCGACACCAGUGACCCCGCUUCUUCAUUCUUCACAUCCACUUUCAAAUUCAAGGUUAAUAAUGGAAGCAUUACAAAAGUUGUGUGGGUUCCUCCAGAGUAUGGUGAUGCAAUCGCAUGCAUAUGUUCCGAUGGAAGUUUGUCAAUUUGGGAAGAAAUAUCAGAAGACAGUGAGCCUGUUCAGUGGAAGCAAUGCACAAGCUUUGGUGGACCUUUGGAUCAAGUUCUAGAUGGUCAAUUUGGAAACUCCGUCUCAAGUUUGAAAUUGACAGUUGCUUAUUCAAACGGCCUUGUGAAAGUGUAUGAAAUCUUAGAUUCAAUGGAACUGAAGAACUGGCAACUUCAGGCUGAAUUUCAGAAUGUUACAGAUUCAUUAGCUAAAUUUGGCAAGGCUUCAUGUUCAUUAGCAUCAAUUUCUUGGAACCCGCAAAGAAGUGAAAGCCGUCCUGCAAGUUUUGUGUUGGGUUUUAACUCAGAUACUCCACAAUUGAAUUCUCCCAAGGUAUGGGAAUUUGAUCAAGAUCAUCAAAGAUGGCUUCCCGUUGCAGAACUUGGUGACAAUGGUGAUCUUGUUAAUGCUCUGGCAUGGGCUCCAAACAUUGGAAGGCCGUAUGAGUUGAUAGCUGUUGCAACAUCCAAAGAGAUUUCGAUAUGGCAAAUGGCAUCAAACCCUGACGCUAAUGGAAGGCUUUCGGUUGAAAAAGUCGGCAUGUUUCCUUGCCAUGACAAUCAGGUGUGGCAGAUGGAGUGGGAUAUGAGCGGAAUGACGCUAGCAACUUCUGGGACUGAUGGGAGGGUGAGAUUGUGGCAGUCAAACCUUAAUGGAAUUUGGCAUGAACAAGCAGUCAUUGAAUCUGCAACAUAAGCAAUGUUUCUUUUUAACUUAAUAUGAAUGUACCAAUUGCAAACACAUGUGUUCAUCGUUAUAAAUAUAUUAUUUCCAGAUGUUGCUUUUCAAUCCUUGCACAUUGAUUUGUUUAACCAUGGUUUUGGAUGCU